AUGGCUUACGUUCUUACCGAAACCUCUGCUGGUUAUGCUCUUUUGAAAGCUUCUGACAAGAAGAUUUACAAAUCAACCAAAUUGAUUCAGGAUUUGGACACAUCUGAUAAAGUCCUGAAAGAGUUCAAGAUUGCAGCAUUCUCUAAGUUCAACUCUGCUGCGAAUGCUUUAGAAGAAGCUUCCUCAAUCAUUGAGGGUAAGGUUUCUCCACAAUUGCAGACUAUGUUGGAGGAGAUUAAGAAAGAUAAGAAAUCCACAUUGAUUGUUAGUGAAACCAAACUGGCUAAUUCUAUUAACAAACUUGGUUUAAACUUCAAUGUUAUUUCUGAUGCGGUUACUUUAGAUAUCUACAGAGCUGUCAAGGAGUAUUUGCCAGAAUUGUUACCAGGAUUAACCGACAAUGAUUUGAGCAAAAUGUCUUUAGGUUUAGCGCACUCUAUUGGUCGUCACAAACUAAAGUUCUCUGCUGAUAAGGUCGAUGUUAUGAUUAUUCAAGCUAUUGCUUUACUAGAUGAUCUAGACAAAGAAUUGAAUACAUAUGCUAUGAGAUGCAAGGAAUGGUACGGAUGGCAUUUCCCUGAAUUGGCCAAGAUCGUCACGGAUUCAGUAGCAUACGCUAGGAUAAUCUUGACUAUGGGUAUCAGAUCCAAAGCUGCUGAAACCGAUAUGAGCUCUAUCUUACCCGAAGAAAUUGAAGAACGUGUGAAAUCUGCGGCAGAAGUUUCCAUGGGUACAGAAAUCACACAGGUCGAUCUAGAUAAUAUCAAGUGUCUAGCUGACCAGAUUGUUGAUUUUGCAGCUUACAGAGAGCAAUUAUCAAACUAUCUAUCAGCUAGAAUGAAGGCUAUUGCGCCAAAUUUGACUCAACUAGUCGGUGAACUGGUAGGUGCAAGGUUAAUUGCUCAUUCAGGUUCCCUAAUCUCUUUAGCUAAGUCACCAGCUUCAACCAUUCAAAUUUUGGGUGCUGAGAAGGCACUGUUUAGAGCUCUAAAGACAAAACAUGAUACCCCAAAAUAUGGGUUACUUUACCACGCUUCAUUAGUUGGACAAGCUACUGGUAAGAAUAAGGGUAAGAUAGCUAGAGUGCUUGCUGCAAAAGCUGCUGUCUCUUUACGUUAUGAUGCAUUGUCUGAAGACAGAGAUGACUCUGGUGAAAUCGGUUUGGAAUCAAGAGCCAAAGUUGAAAACAGAUUAUCACAAUUGGAAGGUAGAGAUUUUAGAACCACUCCAAAGGUUGUUCGUGAAGCAAAGAAGGUGGAAAUCACUGAAGCCAGAGCUUAUAAUGCUGAUGCUGAUACUGCAGCACAAGUGGCAGAGUCUGAUUCCGAUGAUGACAGUGAGGACGAAGCUGAAGAAAAAAUAGAUGAGAAGAAAGAAGAGAAGAAGGAAAAGAAGAAGGAAAAGAAGGACAAGAAAGAAAAGAAGAGAAAGAGAGACGAAGAAGAAGAAGAUACUAAAGAAUCCAAAAAAUCUAAGAAGGACAAGAAAGAAAAGAAGGAUAAAAAAGAGAAAAAAUCUAAAAAGUCCAAGAAAUGA